UCCACUUCCCCCUCUCUAUUCCACUUCUUUCGACCUACCCCUACCAACAUGCUUUGCAGAGAAAGGCGCUCAUGGACUGCCAAAGAGGAUCAGUUGCUGCGGGAAGCUGUGAACAAAGAGGAUCCCAACAACCCUAAUCCUUCGAAGUGGCAUGCUAUUGCCAAACAUGUUCCUAACCGGACCAACAAAGACUGCCGCAAGCGCUGGUUUGCCAAGAUGGCCUCUGACGUCGUCAAGGGUGGCUGGUCUCCAGAAGAAGACGAACGACUUGUAAAAGGCAUAGAACGAUACGGUACAAGAUGGUCUCUUGUGGCAUCCGUGGUUCAGACCCGUAACAGCGAUCAAUGCGCAAAGCGCUGGACAGACACGCUCAACCCUGCCAUUGACAGGACUACAUGGACGUCGGAAGCCGAUGAGAUUCUCUUGAGAGCCGUUGAAGAGCACGGCAAAGUAUGGACGAAGAUCGUCAAAACCUAUUUCCCUGGACGGACAGGACUUUCUGCCAAGAACAGGUACAAUAGCAUUACGCGCUUCAACCACGAUAAUGGUCGGGGUGCUCGGUCAAGAAGGAAGUCUGAAUCCGUCGACGGUGGCUACUUCUCAACAUCAAAGACCGAAAGCGUCUCCUCAUCUUCUAGCGCUUCCCCCACUACACCUUCCCUUGGACUCCCAAUGGGCUCGCCUCCAAUGUCGUUUUCCCUUACUGGGGCACACCUCCCACCCUACGACUCCCUGAGUGGAUGGCAAUCUCCGUCGUCUAUAGUAAGCGACGACCUCUCACCUAUUCAAGGGUAUGGGAGGAACGUUCCUUCAUCGGGUUCCUCCAACGCCUCCAGCGAUUCCUCCUAUCAGUCAGUUGACCUUAGCAUGCCUGCUUUGACUCCCACCGAGAUGGGCCAGUCUCUGGCGGUGUAUGGUAACGGCACGCUGCUUCAGGGUGGUGACUAUUUUAAAGCAUCCUCCACCUCAAGCCCGCGCAUCGUCGAACACAACAACUUCCUCUCCUCCCAGGCGGCGUCAGACCCCAUUCCAUCAACAUACUCCCAGUAUCCCGCCAUCUACAAUGGAAAUAGUUCCGACUUGAACAAUCACUUCUCUUCCCUCGAUACGAUGCCGAAUCACAUCGACAGUCUCGGUAACAUCUCUUGGGAUUCUUCGCUCUCUUCUGCCGCACUAGAAGUCAAGUUGAAGCGCUCCCCCUCAGAGUUUACUUACAUGUAUUAG